AUGGCAGCCGCGGAGGAUGAGCGGCUUCCUGGGAGCGGUGAAGGCGAGCGGCUGGAUUUCCUGCGGGACAGGCACGUGCGGUUCUUCCAGCGCUGCCUUCAGGUCUUGCCGGAGCGCUACUCCUCGCUGGAGACCAGCAGAUUAACAAUUGCAUUUUUUGCGCUCUCCGGGCUGGACAUGUUGGACUCCUUAGAUGUGGUGAACAAAGAUGAUAUAAUAGAGUGGAUUUACUCCCUUCAAGUCCUUCCCACAGAAGACAGAUCAAAUCUAAAUCGCUGUGGUUUCCGAGGCUCUUCAUACCUGGGUAUUCCAUUCAAUCCAUCAAAGAAUCCUGGAACAGCUCAUCCUUAUGAUAGUGGCCACAUAGCAAUGACCUACACUGGCCUUUCAUGUUUAGUUAUUCUUGGAGAUGACUUAAGCAGAGUAAAUAAAGAAGCUUGCUUAGCAGGCUUAAGAGCCCUUCAGCUGGAAGAUGGGAGUUUUUGUGCUGUACCCGAAGGCAGUGAAAAUGACAUGCGAUUUGUGUAUUGUGCUUCCUGUAUUUGCUAUAUGCUGAAUAACUGGUCAGGUAUGGAUAUGAAAAAGGCCAUCACCUAUAUUAGAAGAAGCAUGUCCUAUGACAAUGGGCUGGCACAGGGAGCUGGACUUGAAUCUCAUGGAGGAUCUACUUUUUGUGGCAUUGCAUCACUAUGUCUAAUGGGAAAACUAGAAGAAGUUUUUUCAGAGAAAGAAUUGAACAGAAUAAAGAGAUGGUGCAUAAUGAGACAACAAAAUGGUUAUCAUGGAAGACCUAAUAAACCUGUGGACACCUGUUAUUCUUUUUGGGUAGGAGCAACUCUAAAGCUUCUGAAAAUUUUUCAAUACACUAACUUUGAGAAAAAUAGAAAUUACAUCUUAUCAACUCAAGAUCGCCUUGUAGGAGGAUUUGCCAAAUGGCCAGACAGUCAUCCAGAUGCUUUGCAUGCAUACUUUGGGAUCUGUGGCCUGUCACUAAUGGAGGAAAGUGGAAUUUGUAAAGUUCAUCCUGCUCUGAAUGUAAGCACACGGACUUCUGAACGCCUUAGAGAUCUUCAUCAAAGCUGGAAAACCAAGGACUCUAAACAGUGCUCAGAGAAUGUACAUAUCUCCACAUGACUGACUUUAGAUUGGGUGGGGGGGAUUUGUAGCAUAACUGUAGCUCAAGGUUAAAAGCCAUGUAUAACCAAGUGUGCUCUUUUUUUUAAAGGGUAGAGUCUUGCAAUCAAAGCUCAUACUGAUAUCACUUUAGAAAUGGUCUUGAGCCAGUAACCUUUGUACUAGGUUUCAAGAAAACCUUUGUUGAAGUUUGAACCACAGUGGAUUCUGUUAUGGUUCUUAAAUGUUUAUACAAUAUUUCUAAGAAGUUCUUUGGGGUAAAUUAACUGUACGUAUGUAGGUUAUCUUUUUAAAAACUCUUAGUACAAAUUGUAUCAUAAAGUGAACACGAAUCUUCAAAACAAGUUUACACUUCAUAUAGCAAUGAUAAUCUUCAGCUGAGGACUUAGUGAUCAUUUCAAAAUCUUGACUACUGAUGUUAAAAAAAAAUACUGCUUUAAUGAAUUAAGUAUCUGGGAUUAGUCUUUGAAAACAGAUGAUCUUAUAAUUUUUUUUAAAGAAUGGCUUAUUUUGUCUUAUUCUGAAGUGUGCCAAUUAAACUUAUAUGGCCAAUAUUUAAUUUCAUUAAAUGAAAUGAAUAACUUCAUAAAAGAGUAAAUAGGCUUUAACUAGUAUAGUUUUCUAAAGGGAGAUUGUUUUAAGAAGACUAUUAUGUAACUGAAUAAGGAAAGAGUAAUUUAACUAUGAUUAUGAAUGAGAAAGUUUUGUGCUAUGUGGAUCUUUAUGUAGACAUUGUUGGAGUGACUAGUUAUGUUUUAUUUUAAUCUCAUAUCGUAAGUUGUCUUUUCUAGGGGUGGGGGAGAAAACAUUCUUAUCUAGAACGAAAAGCAUUUAGUGUUUUUGUUUAUAUUUCUGAGAUUCAUGAUACUGAAAAUUAUACUUUUCUAACAGUUACUUUUAGCCAUUUGAAAUUUUUGUUUGUUGACACCAAUGUGUUAUUAUUAGCUCUUCAAACUAUUAGGUUGAACAUCCCUAAUCCAAAAGUCUGAAAUCUAGAAUGCUCCAAAAUCCAAACUUUUUGAGUGCCAACAUAACACUCAAGUGGAAAAUUAUCUGACCUCUUGUGACAGAUCAUGAUGAAAAUGUAAUAAGCACACUAAAAAUAUAUAAAUUAGCUUCAGCUUUUUUAUGUAAAGUAUAUACGAAACAAAUUCAUUGUGUUCAGACUUAGGUCUCAUCCACAAGAUAUUACAUAUGUAUAAACACACACACACA